UUUCCCGGGGGCGGGCCUCGGCGGCGCGAACGGACCUGGGGGCGGGGCCGGGCCCCGAAGGUCCCUCCUUCCGAGGCGGGCUUGUUUGGCCGUGGCUGCAGCUGCGGGGUGUCCGCGGUUUGGCUGCCUAGCCAAACGGGCUCUGGCUCCUCCCAGUGGCCGGCCGGGGCGGAAGCAGGAGGCGGGGGCAGCGUGUGCGCUGCUGGUCUCCUCUCCCGCGGCGCUGGGGCCCGCGUUCCGCGGCUGCUGCUCGAUUCGGCGCCUCGCAGUCGGCCAGCUCCUCUCGGCGCCCGCCGGCUUCUGGACCAGGCCUCCUUCUCAAGCCCCGGCCCGCGGCGUCGACCCCGCCAGCCCUCUAACGCCCCGUCUCAUAGUGUGGCCACCGCUGCCGCGGCCCCAGCCCCGAUGGCUCUGUGCAACGGAGACUCCAAGCUGGAGAAUGCUGGAGGAGACCUUAAGGAUGGCUGCCACCACUAUGAAGGAGCUGUUGUCAUUCUGGAUGCUGGUGCCCAGUAUGGGAAAGUCAUAGACCGAAGAGUACGAGAACUGUUCGUGCAGUCGGAAAUCUUCCCCUUGGAAACACCAGCAUUUGCUAUAAAAGAGCAAGGAUUCCGUGCUAUUAUCAUCUCUGGAGGCCCUAAUUCUGUGUAUGCAGAAGAUGCUCCCUGGUUUGAUCCAGCAAUAUUCACGAUUGGCAAGCCUGUUCUUGGAAUUUGCUAUGGCAUGCAGAUGAUGAAUAAGGUAUUUGGAGGUACUGUGCACAAAAAAAGUGUUAGAGAAGAUGGAGUCUUCAGUAUUAGUGUGGACAACACAUGCUCAUUGUUCAGGGGCCUUCAGAAGGAAGAAAUUGUUUUGCUUACCCACGGAGAUAGUGUAGACAAAGUAGCUGAUGGAUUCAAGGUUGUGGCACGUUCUGGGAACAUUGUGGCAGGUAUAGCAAAUGAAUCUAAAAAAUUAUACGGAGCACAGUUCCACCCUGAAGUUGGCCUUACAGAAAAUGGGAAAGUAAUACUGAAGAAUUUCCUCUAUGAUAUAGCUGGGUGCAGUGGGACCUUCACUGUGCAGAACAGAGAACUUGAGUGCAUUCGAGAGAUCAAAGAGAGAGUAGGCACAUCAAAAGUUUUGGUUUUACUCAGUGGUGGAGUUGACUCAACAGUUUGUACAGCUUUGCUGAAUCGUGCUUUGAACCAAGAUCAAGUCAUUGCCGUGCACAUUGAUAAUGGCUUUAUGAGAAAACGAGAAAGCCAGUCUGUAGAAGAGGCCCUCAAAAAGCUUGGAAUUCAGGUCAAAGUGAUAAAUGCUGCUCAUUCCUUCUACAAUGGAACAACAACUCUACCAAUAUCAGAUGAAGAUAGAACUCCACGAAAAAGAAUUAGCAAAACGUUAAAUAUGACUACAAGUCCUGAAGAGAAAAGAAAAAUUAUUGGAGAUACUUUUGUUAAGAUUGCCAAUGAAGUGAUUGGAGAAAUGAACCUGAAACCAGAGGAGGUUUUCCUCGCCCAAGGUACUUUACGGCCUGAUUUAAUUGAAAGUGCUUCCCUUGUUGCAAGUGGCAAAGCUGAACUCAUCAAAACCCAUCACAAUGACACAGAGCUUAUCAGAAAGUUGAGAGAAGAGGGAAAAGUAAUAGAACCUCUGAAAGAUUUUCAUAAAGAUGAAGUAAGAAUUUUAGGCAGAGAACUUGGACUUCCAGAAGAGUUAGUUUCCAGGCAUCCAUUUCCAGGUCCUGGCUUGGCAAUCAGAGUAAUAUGUGCUGAAGAACCUUAUAUUUGUAAGGACUUUCCUGAAACCAACAAUAUUUUGAAAAUAGUAGCUGAUUUUUCUGCAAGUGUUAAGAAGCCACAUACACUAUUACAAAGAGUCAAAGCUUGUACAUCAGAAGAGGAUCAGGAGAAGCUGAUGCAAAUUACAAGUUUGCAUUCAUUGAAUGCCUUCCUGCUGCCAAUUAAAACUGUAGGUGUGCAGGGUGACUGUCGUUCCUACAGUUACGUGUGUGGAAUCUCCAGUAAAGAUGAGCCUGACUGGGAAUCUCUUAUUUUCCUAGCUAGACUUAUACCUCGCAUGUGUCACAACAUUAACAGAGUUGUCUAUAUAUUUGGCCCACCAGUUAAAGAACCUCCUACAGAUGUUACUCCCACUUUCUUGACAACAGGGGUGCUCAGUACUUUACGCCAAGCUGACUUUGAGGCACAUAACAUUCUCAGGGAGUCUGGGUAUGCUGGGAAAAUUAGCCAGAUGCCAGUGAUUUUGACACCAUUACAUUUUGAUCGAGACCCGCUUCAGAAGCAGCCUUCAUGUCAGAGAUCUGUGGUUAUUCGAACCUUUAUUACUAGUGAUUUUAUGACUGGUAUACCUGCAACGCCUGGCAAUGAAAUCCCUGUAGAGGUGGUGUUAAAGAUGGUCACUGAGAUUAAGAAGAUUCCUGGUAUUUCUCGAAUUAUGUAUGACUUAACAUCAAAGCCCCCAGGAACUACCGAGUGGGAGUAAUAAACUUCUUGUUCUAUUAAAGUAUUGUGUUCAGUUUAAAUUGAUUAGAAACCAUUCCCAGUAUUGACAUGCGGUACUGUGAAAAGAGUUACUGGAGCGGCUGCAUCACAUCUGAGUUCUCUACAGCAAAAAUCUACGGCUUAAGAGCUGAGUUGGGGAUAACUAAAAGGGACUGAAGAGUUUGUACGGGUAUAAUCAAAGCACCAUUGCCUACACUCAGACAGAUUGACACUGCUUUUGCCUUUGCCUCACUUGUUCUUUAUGUAUAAACUCACUGUUGCUAUUAAUGUCUCUGUCAAUGAAGAUGUAUGAAGGUGGCUGAGUUUGGGAUUAGUAAUGAGUCUCUGUCCCCUUUCCAGUUUCUAAGAGCUGUUAGAAACACCCAUUAUUUACCAGUGUGACUUAGUAUGUAUAUCUUCCAGAGAAUCUGAAUUUUCAUGUAAGUAACCUUACUCCUCCAAAGGUGGGGAUAAGGGAUGAACAUAAUCAGAUAAAGUGUAGGUGGGUUGUUUCAGUCACUUUUGCAGAAACUGGGGCUAUCAAAUGUAAGCUGCCAUAUCACAGUCAUGGGAGGCCAUGGGAGAAGGAAGCUAUGAAUGGCCUCAAUUUAAAAUGUUUUCAAAUCCUGUUCCACAUAGAUGCCUUGGUGUUCACCGUCAACCUGUUCAUUAGUAAGGAGCUUUAUCACCGCCCCUCCCCCACCGCCUCCCCAGUGUUGCCAGCUCCCAUAGCCUUGCCGAGGAAGUUUCUGUUCUUUUUCCCACAAGAGGCUAUCUCUGGUGUAGCAUCGAUAAAGUCUGAGCAUUUUAAUCUCAUUUGGUCAGAGGGCCAGCUCUGAGCCUACAGAAACCAUCAUGCAUGCCCACAGUUUAUAUCUUCUAGUAAAGAGUGUAAAAUGAACUCUUAGAUGUAAUCUGUAGGUGGAUUUAUUAUUACCCACUGCUCAGAAGACUUGUGACCAGUUCUUGGUCCAUGCAAGAUAUUGCCAAACCUUAUAAUCUUUCUAUCAUUCAUAAGAAAAGAUUCAAGAACUUGUGUAGGACUCAUUGCCAUUGCCACUGGUUUCUACCAGAUCCUUUAUAACAUCCAUGUAUGCAGUAUAAAAAUAGUACUAGACUUAAAUUCUACAACCAUUUCUCCAUGUUUUAGCUGAUCUUACUAUUUAAGAACAUAAGUGAGUUUUUGUUCUGUUUGUUUUUUUUUUAAUUGAGGUUAACUGACAUGUACUAGAUUAGUUUCUGUUGGCAUACUAAACCCAUUUCAGGUUGCUGCCUCUUCAAGAUCCUUUGUAUCAAUCAGGUACAAAAUUUUCUUUGGGAUUCAGUGUUAGGUAAAUCGUAAAAUUAUGCGAUGUAGAAGUCUACUUUUUAUUCUGGCUGGUCCAGAGGACAAGAAAACUGUAUUGCCAGACCUGCAAGGGAAGAACUUCUGUCUAUUGUAACAGAGACCUGUCCCCAAAGCAAAGGGGUAUUUGACUUCUACAGAACUUGAAGGGUUUAUUUUCUGUCCUGAAGAUGAGGUAUUCAUACUGCCUUUUGGAAAGAGGAAAUGUAAGUGAUCUGGCCUUAACAGAUUUGGACUCAUGUUAUCUUAGACCUGGAAUAGACAACCUCUAAAAGGCUUACAAAUAUUUACAUUGUGUGAAAAAAUUCCUCUUGUAGCAGAAGUGUCUUACAGUUUUGUAUUCAAGCAAAUAGGAAACUAGGAAGAAUAUAUAAGUGUUUUCUUUUUAAUGUAUCUUCUGUGGAAAACUGCUCCACCAAGAUGAACCUUGUCAAAGGGUUAGGUGGUCAUAUAAAUUGGGAAAGUGCUGUUCACUUGUCCUGUCUUGGAAAGUCAUGGUAUACAUUAUAUUCAAAGCUCUGAGAGAUUUUGAUGUUAAAAGCAAUUGUUAAAACUUUUUAACUUAAUGUUUUCCUGAUACUGUCUGCGAAACCCUUUUUAUAAUUCUUAAUACUGGAAAAAAUGGUGUCUCCAAAACAUAUCCUGACAUCAUAAAGUAAAAAAAAAAAAAAAAAAAAAAAAAAAAAAUUUUUUUCUGGAAUU